AUGACGUGGAUUAUCGAUGGGAAAAAUGCCUUGGAAAUAGGCCAACCUUUGGUUAUGAAAACAAGGUUUGCCAUUGUUCUUUGUUGCCUCAUGGUCGCAGUAAAUGGACAAAUCCGUUAUUCCAUACCAGAAGAGAUGAAACCCGGCUUGUUUGUUGGAGAUGUAGCCAAAGACCUGGGGUUGGAUGUAAAGAGGUUGGUAUCAGGGAGAGCCCGUCUAGUUAUUGACGAUAGUAAACAAUACGUCGAGCUAAAUCGCAACAAUGGUCAUUUAUUAGUAAAAGAAAGGAUAGACCGAGAACAGCUCUGUGCUCAAAGGUCUCCAUGUAGCUUUGGUCUUGAGAUUUUACUUGAAAAUCCUUUAGAAUUCUUUUCUGUUACAGUUGAAAUUGAAGAUAUAAACGAUCACGCACCAGCGUUUUUUAAAAAAGAAAUUACCCUUGAGACCAGUGAAUCUGCUCCAAUAGGCACGAUUUUCCUACUGGAUACAGCAACUGAUCCAGAUGUUGGUUUAAAUUCUCUUCAAACUUACAACCUAAAACCUAUGGACCAUUUCGCUUUAAAGCAGCAUACUCGAGUUGAUGGUAGCAAAUAUGCAGAGCUGGUGCUACAGACUCCACUAGACCGUGAGAAAAACAGCGAACAUUCGUUAGUACUAACUGCUGUUGAUGGUGGAAAUCCUCCGCGAUCUGGAGCAGUUAAAAUACGUGUUACUGUCCUCGACGCAAACGACAAUAUUCCAGUAUUUACAGAAUCUGUGUACAGAGCAAGUGUAAAAGAGAAUACAGCGCCUGGCACCCUGAUUAUAAAAAUUAGUGCCACCGAUGAGGAUCAAGGCCUCUACGGAAAUGUCACGUAUUCAUUUACCAAUUUGGAUGACACAAAUCAAGUUGUUCGUGUGGAUGCACAAACCGGUAAAAUAAGACUGAUUGGUAUUGUAGACUAUGAAGUGGUUAAACUUUAUGAAAUAAAUUUGCUGGCAAAAGACAGCGGAGGUCUCUCAGGCACAAGUAAACUCGUUAUAGAUGUUUUGGAUGUGAACGACAAUAUCCCUGUUAUUGACAUUACAUCUUUCUCAGGUAAACUCCCAGAAGACUCUCCUUCUGGUACAGUUGUGGCUUUGAUCAAUGUACAGGAUUUAGACUCUGGUAAAAACGGAAAUGUUAACUUAAAUAUUGAGCAAAAUGUCAACUUUUUGAUAAAACAAUCACCGCGGAAAUACUAUACUCUGGUCACCGCUGGAACAUUAGAUAGAGAAAAAAAUUCCAGUUUCAAUUUGACAUUAACUACCUCUGAUGAGGGAACUCCGUCUUUGUCUAGCAAGAAAACAAUCGUGUUAGAAAUUACUGAUAUAAACGAUAAUGCGCCAUUAUUUAGUAAAAGUGAGUAUAGAACAAACAUCGUAGAAAACAAUUCGCCCGGUGUAUCUGUGUGGACUAUUCAAGCAACGGAUGCUGAUACAGGACCAAACGCACGCAUCACGUACUAUCUCGUUGAAAGUGAGAUUAGUGGUUCGUCUGUCUCAACAUAUUUCUCUGUUAAUGCGGAUAAUGGAGUACUUUACGGCAUGCGUUCGUUUGACUAUGAGCAGAUUAAAGAGUUUAAAAUACAGGUGCGAGCUCAGGAUGGAGGUUCUCCGCCGCUCACCAGUAAUGCCACAGUCAUAAUUAACAUUCAAGACCAGAAUGACAACGCGCCUCAGGUUCUCUACCCAGUGCAAACUGGUAGCUCUAUGGCUGCUGAAAUGGUGCCUCGAUCAGCCGAUGUGGAUUAUUUUGUCACCAAAGUAGUGGCUGUUGAUGUGGACUCAGGACAAAAUGCAUGGCUCUCAUAUAAACUGCAGAGGGCGAUGGACAGAGCGCUUUUUGAAGUAGGAAUUCAUAAUGGAGAAAUAAGAACUAUACGUCAAAUCACUGAUAAAGACGCUGUAAAACAGAAACUGACUGUUGUUGUGUCGGACAACGGAGAGCCCUCUCGUUCAUCUACAGUAAAUGUUAACGUGGUGCUGGCAGACAGUUUCCCUGAAAUGCUUUCGGAGUUAACCGACUUUACAGGCGAUAAGGAAUACAACGACCACCUCACUUUUUGUUUAGUUUUGACAUUGGCUGCAGUGUCAUUUCUUUUUAUAACUUGUUUAAUUGUUAUAAUGGCAGUGAAAAUCUACCGAUGGCGACAAUAUCGUAUGUAUCAGUCCAAUCUACCUGUUAUACCGUAUUACCCACCAUGUUAUGCUGACUCUUCAAGAACUGGAACUCUAAAGCAUGUAGACAAUUGUGAUGUCUACAUGAGUACCGAUUUAGGAAAAAAUUAUGUGAAAUACGCCGGACCAAACACGCUGGUGAGACUUAACUGUGCUAGAGCAGAUUUUCUUUUAAAGGAAAUUUGCUGUGACGACGAUACUGAAAACAACUACACACCGCCUACAUCCCCUGUGCAACCCAGUCAACAGGACAUCAAGGCCAAGCAGCUUUCUAUGGCAGAGUUUCAGCUAACCAAUGCCAUCUAUUUCUGUGCCAGUUAUACUGCCCUCUGA